UUUGGCGCCAAAAAUUCCCGCCUAAACAAAGCCUCUCUCUGGCAACUACUUGGGGGUGGUGUUUGUGCUAUUGACGCCGCAAUCUGGACAAAAGCUCUCCCUCACACACACAGAGGUUCAUUCUCAGAAAUGGCAGGGGAAUCCUCAGACGGCGGGGAGCAAAACCCAACUCCAUCGACACCCGAUUCCCCCACCUCCGCCGGUUUCAACACCGAUCAGCUUCCCUUCAACACCAGCCGCACCUCCGACAACAACUACACCGACGACGAUGGUGACGAUGACGAGGCUGCCGUCGAUCCCCACAUCAUCGCAGACGAUGACGUCCCGGUCGAUGAAGAAGAAGAAGGCGAAGAUCUCUUCAACGACAAUUACAUGGAGGAUUAUCGGAGGAUGGGCGAGCAUGAUCAGUAUGAGUCGUUAGGGCUGGAUGAUUCCCUUGAAGACGAGAGGGAUUUGGAUCAGAUCAUGGCUGAUCGGAGGGCUGCUGAGAUCGAGCUUGAAGCGAGAGAAGGUCGCGUCUCACAGCGCAAGCUUCCCCAGCUUCUCCACGACCAAGAUACUGAUGAUGACAACUAUAGGCCUUCGAAAAGGACCAGAGCUGAUUUUAGGCCUCCUGCCUCAGCAAGAAGCUAUGACGAUACCGAUGCAAUGCAAAGUUCACCUGGUAGAUCACAACGAGGGCACUCAAGAGAUGAUGUGCCCAUGACUGAUCAGAUGGACUAUGAUCCUUAUGAGGAUGAAAAUGAUGAUGAGGGUGAGUUUGAGAUGUAUCGUGUCCAGGGAACACUUAGAGAGUGGGUUACUAGGGAUGAAGUUCGCCGCUUCAUUGCCAAGAAGUUCAAGGAAUUUUUACUCACAUACGUAAACCCAAAAAAUGAGCACGGGGAUUUUGAGUAUGUGCGGCAAAUAAAUGAGAUGGUAUCAGUUAACAAGUGUAGCCUGGAGAUUGAUUACAAACAAUUCAUCUUUAUCCAUCCCAAUAUUGCGAUCUGGCUGGCUGAUGCACCGCAGUCUGUCCUUGAGGUUAUGGAAGAAGUGGCCAACAAAGUUGUCUUUGAAUUACAUCCGAAGUACAAACAAAUCCAUCAAAAGAUCUAUGUUCGUAUUACCAACUUACCAGUUUAUGAUCAGAUACGCAACAUAAGGCAGAUCCAUUUAAACACCAUGAUUCGUAUUGGGGGAGUUGUGACCCGACGUUCUGGAGUCUUCCCCCAGUUGCAGCAAGUAAAGUAUGACUGCAACAAAUGUGGGAUGAUCCUGGGGCCAUUUUUCCAGAAUUCCUAUUCAGAGGUCAAGGUUGGCUCUUGCCCAGAGUGCCAGUCAAAAGGACCAUUCACUGUUAAUAUUGAGCAGACAAUAUACAGGAAUUAUCAAAAACUUACUCUCCAAGAGAGCCCUGGAAUCGUGCCCGCAGGUCGACUUCCAAGAUACAAGGAAGUGAUACUCUUGAAUGAUUUAAUUGACUGUGCUCGCCCUGGAGAAGAGAUUGAGGUCACUGGCAUUUACACGAACAAUUUUGACUUAUCUUUGAACACAAAGAAUGGGUUUCCUGUCUUUGCCACUGUGGUUGAAGCAAAUUAUGUCACAAAGAAGCAUGACCUCUUUUCAGCUUAUAAACUCACCCAGGAGGACAAAGAAGAAAUUGAGAAGUUGUCUAAAGAUCCCAGGAUUGGAGAAAGGAUUGUCAAGUCAAUUGCCCCAUCCAUCUAUGGCCAUGAGGACAUAAAAACUGCAAUUGCUCUGGCAAUAUUUGGAGGUCAAGAAAAAAAUGUUGAAGGGAAGCACCGGUUGCGAGGAGACAUAAAUGUACUUCUUCUAGGUGAUCCGGGCACAGCUAAAUCACAGUUUCUCAAGUAUACUGAAAAGAUUGGGCAGAGGGCUGUCUAUACAACUGGGAAAGGAGCUUCUGCUGUAGGGCUUACAGCAGCGGUGCACAAGGAUCCAGUCACACGGGAGUGGACACUUGAAGGAGGAGCCCUUGUUCUAGCUGAUAAAGGAAUCUGUCUUAUUGAUGAAUUUGACAAGAUGAACGAUCAAGACAGGGUAAGUAUACAUGAAGCAAUGGAGCAGCAAAGUAUUAGCAUAUCAAAGGCUGGAAUUGUCACUUCUCUCCAAGCUCGUUGUUCUGUUAUUGCUGCUGCAAAUCCUAUUGGAGGAAGAUAUGAUUCCUCGAAGAAUUUUUCACAAAAUGUUGAGUUGACAGAUCCUAUUGUUUCUCGUUUUGAUAUCCUCUGUGUUGUUAAGGAUGUGGUUGAUCCAGUCAAGGAUGAGAUGCUUGCAAAGUUUGUAGUUGAUAGUCAUUGUAAAUCACAACCCAAAGGUGUUAAUAUAGAUGAUAAAUCUAUAAGCAAUUCACGGGAUGAAACUGAAGCCUUGGGCCCAAACACUGAUCCCGAGAUACUCCCUCAAGAUAUGCUAAAGAAGUACAUAACUUAUGCCAAGUUGAAUGUAUUCCCGAGAUUGCAUGAUGCUGACCUGAACAAGCUCACACAAGUUUAUGCUGAACUAAGGAGAGAAUCUUCGCAUGGACAAGGAGUUCCUAUAGCGGUCAGGCACAUAGAGUCGAUGAUUCGGAUGUCUGAAGCACAUGCAAGAAUGCACCUCAGACAGCAUGUUGCUCAAGAAGAUGUGGAUAUGGCAAUUCGUGUCCUGCUUGACUCAUUCAUUUCAACCCAAAAAUUUGGUGUUCAAAAAGCUUUACAAAAGAGUUUCAGAAAGUACAUGGCUUUCAAGAAAGAUCACAACGAGUUAGUCCUCCAUCUUCUUCGUGGGCUUGUGAAGGACGCUCUACACUUCGAAGAAAUCAUGUCUGGCUCCAUUUCAGAUCUCAACCGUAUUGAUGUGAAAGUGGAUGAUUUGCGGAACAAGGCACUGGAUUAUGAAAUCAAUGACCUGCAACCAUUCUUUUCCAGUACUCUCUUCUCGAGAGCCAACUUUGAGCUGGAUGAAGAGAGGGGAGUUAUAAGGCAUCACCUUGCAAGAUAAAGGCUAGCAUUAGGAACAAAGGGCUUGUAAUGGCAGGUUAAUUAUUUAUGUAAUCUUGCAUCAAACUACUCAGCAAAUGAUGUUUGAAGAUCAUUUAAGUAAUGUGCUAACUUUAUUUGGUUAUCUGAUUGAUGUGUUUUGGCU